AUGAAGUUUCUUCCCUACGCGCUUGCCAUUUCCAUGGCCAAUGUCAUCCACGCCGGCGUCUUGUACGGCCGAGAUGAGCCACUGCGGCAGUGCGCAGAGCCCCCUCCCAGCGAGGAAUUCCUAAACUUUUCCAAGGAACUGAAUACUUCUUCGACUCUGAUAACCCGCCAGCAGCCGGGGAACUUGAACUUUCAAGUUUACACCCACGUUGUGUACUUUGACCAGACGGUCAAGGGCGGCUAUCUGACCGAAGACAUUAUUAAGACGGGCAUGGAUGUGAUGAACCGAUAUUACAGCAGGUCUGGAAUCACCUUCACCCAUGUUUCCAACGACUAUACGCAACAUCCGGCUUGGGCCAGGGGCCAAGAUCAAAUGGGAAUGAAGGCCAAGCUGCGCCGGGGCAACUAUGCCGACUUGAACCUCUACUACGUGGCCUUCAUCCCGGGCCCUGCCGCCGACGGGUCGGCCAGCGCCGGCAUCUGCUGGCUCCCCGUCCCUCGCCGCGACGGCCGUGUGUCCCAGGAAGAGCUGAUCAGAGAUGGUUGCAUGAUGCUUGCCGAGACUGCACACCCGCGGUACCCGAAUGACAUGACCACCACGCACGAGGUAGGCCACUGGCUGGGCUUGCUGCACACGUUCGAGGGAAACGCCUGCGCAGAGGGAGACACCAUCGACGACACGUUCCCGCAGCAGGAGCCCACGCAGCGAUGCGAGCGAGUUCAGCACAAGUUUCAGGAUGGCCGGGCCGCUGUUCGAGCCUGCAACAACUGGUAUCCAAGCAACAUGUUCAACAUUAUGGAUUAUUCGAGCUGCUCCAGGGAGUUCAGUCCCGGCCAGGAACAACGCAUGCAGUACUGGGCGCAGGUUCGCCGACAGAUUGGAGGCCCUUCAAACCCCAACCCCAACCCCAACCCGCCCAGGCCCGAGAAUCCCAACCCGAACCCCCCGAACCCGGAGAACCCCAACCCUCCCCCUCCCCCUCCUCCCACCGACAAUGGCGUGGCCAACAUCUGGGAGCAGUGCGGCGGUAUGGGUUGGAACGGUCCGACUGCUUGUGCUCAGGGCCUCGUCUGCCAAAAGAUGGGCGAGUGGUACUCUCAGUGCCGCCCUUGA